AUGCAAGAUUCAGCAAUAAUGAUAUGUUAUCGUGAAUGUUUAUUAAAUCUAAAGAAAUUCAAUGGUGGCGAAGAAUAUAAAAUUUUACAGUUUAUCAACAGUAUCGAAAAAAUUGGGAAAAUGAUCGAUGCAAAUGAUGAUAUUUUAUAUUGUAUGUGUAUGGCAAAAUUAGAUGGUGAAGCAAACGUUGAAAGAUUUACAACGUCUGAUUCAUCAUCGCAAAUAUUCGAACAAUUAAAAGAACGUAAACAGAAACCAGAUGAAACAGUUACAUCUUAUUAUGAUGCUAUUAUUAAACUUUGUCAUAAAUAUGAUACAUCUAUGUCACAAAGAAUGAUGAUAUCAUGGUUAGAAAAUGGCGUUAAAAAUUCAUUAAGAAUUCAAAUUAAACGGCAAAUGAAGUCAUUAUCUGAAUCAGCUAGAACAACACAAGCGUUUUUAAAAAUUGCGAAAGAUGAAAAUAUUCCAGAACCUCAAGCAACAGCACCUGAAAUUCAACUUGAAGUUAAAAUACAAGGACAUCAAACUUUAAUUAUAGCGGAUGUUGCAACGAAUCUUAUUACUGAUCUAUUACUUGGAAACGACUGGAUUAUACAAAACAAUGUUAUUAUUGGUUCAUUACAACGCGCAACUAAUCGUCAACGAACACUAUCAAACAAUACUCAGCUGGGGCGUAUGUCAUAUCAGGCUGAAUUAAAUAAUCAUAUUAUUUUACCGGUGUUAUCAGAAGAUGCAAAUUAUCAACCAACACAUUUUAAAUCAUUUAAUUAUAAGAGGAACAACACUCAGAAGAGUGGUUUCUGUGAUUCAUCACUUCGUGAAAAGAGGAAGAAAUGUUAUCCAUCAGCAGCAUCAUUAGAAAAAGAUACUAUAAAUAUUUUAGAUAAAGAAACAUUGAAUUACAAUGAUAGAGAAGGGGGUCAUGCACGAGAUGAACCUUCAAAUGAAAUUGAAAAUAUGUCUGAUGAUGGCAUUCAACAAGAUACAAUGAACGAUCAAAAUCAACAAUAUAUAAAUCAUAAACCAUAA